AUGGAGCGUCAUUAUAUGCGUAUUGGAGAACGUAAGCUUUCUCCCAACAACAUUGUCUUUAUGUGAACUAUGUAAACCUAUUCCUAUCGCCGACCUGCCUUCACUUCCGCCGCUAGUCUGGAAUGCACGUUCAGAACUCUAUGUUCACCAGUUUCACAGCCCACCUGAGGAAGUUUUUCAAGAGUCACACGGAUGGCCGUAUCAUAAAAGUCUAGAAGAUCUUCAAGCUUCAGCUGAGAUGUGUGAUCUCUGCAAGUUGAUUUUGGUACAAGCAGACCAUCUUAUCGCAGAGUUUGAGGGGCUGAAUAAGUCCAAUCUCAUUCGACAAAAUAGCCCAUCAUUUGAUCUUUGGCUUACCAAGCGGCGACACGGCGGCGAUGGCUUCUGGGUGUUUACUAGCGGAACACCAAGGCUGAUUAAUCGCCAUGUGACCUUCUUUUUGGUGGCUGCUGUUGGAAUUUGUGUCGCUGAAGGUUAG